CCUUUAUGCCCUAAGUGCCCCCCCCCCCCGCCCCCAGCAGUGUUGUUUCGUCCCCUCCAUCGCUCGCUGGCGGGCUGCUAGCCCACACAUGAGCGAGUUGUGUUGGGUCUGGGAAACUCACUUCUGAACACGCAAAAACAAAAUACGGAGGUGGAGGAUCAAGGGGAGGCCGAAGGGAUGCAGUUGUGUCUUCACAUACUACUCCAUACUAUGAUCUUCAAAACACACAAGUAAAAACUAAUGAAAAUAUCUCCAGAUGUCACCACUACCUCGGAUCAGACACUCAUCUCUUUGAAUUACAUUUUGCUUCAGAAGGUGGGAAGGUGGAAAUCCCCUUUAACAGAAGGUGUGAAGUCAACUGCUCUUUCAAAAGAUAGAAACCAUCAAAUAUAUAUCAGGUCAUUUACCGGUACGUUGUGUGGAGUAUGGUGUAAUUCUUGGUAACGGUCACACAUUUAUCAGCCCACAUUGCUCUCUUCAUUGCACAACACGUCUCCCCACUAUAGAUGCAUGAACUGGUAAUCCUUUGUUGCCCAAUAGGCCCAUGUCUCCUGGCCACACACACUGCACACACACAGACCACUUCCUAAUAGUUUAUGAUCCACUGCCUCUGACUCUGUCAGACAGCGUUGUUCAAUCGUCCAAUGUUGAGCCACACUUCAGAAGGAUGUAUAUCCGUUUAUUAUCCUUUCGCAAUGUCAGAAUGAGACAACAUUUCAUCCCAAAUCAAUAUUUAAUUCAAAUAAAAUGUUGGGGUACUUCUUAACUCACCAACCCAUAAGUAACCUAAAGAUAUUUGUUACCCUCAGCCAUUGUGCUGAGUAAGACGUGUGACUUCGAUGUUUCAGGAUCCUUCGUAUCAAAGGGUUGUUCUGUCCGUCUGUCCGUCAGAGGGGGGCUGCGGGGGUUCCUGGUGCCAGGGGGGCCGAGGGGAGGACGGGUGCAGACGGGCACCCAGGACACGAGGGCAUCCGGGGCGUCCCGGGGCAGGACGGGUCGCCAGGGCAACCAGGAGUCAACGGCUACCCGGGGACUCCAGGAAAGGGACCAUCAGAUGAGCAGUUAAUGAAGCUCUGCGCCAACGUGAUCCAAGCUCAGUUCUCUCAGCUCCUCCAGCUGGUCACUCCGUCCGGAGGUUGUCAGUGUGAAGGGUUGGCCGGACCCCCGGGAACGCCGGGGGCCCCCGGCCUGGAGGGGGGGCGCGGACCCCAAGGGCACCCGGGCCAGGACGGGCCCCGGGGCCACUCGGGGAUGCCAGGGCAUCGGGGCCCCCGAGGAUCUAAAGGCGGCGCUGGACCAAUCGGGAUGAAGGGCGCCAGAGGAGAGGGGAGUGUUGGACCGCCGGGAGAGAUGGGACCUGCAGGUGUCCAGGGGCCGCGGGGCCAGGACGGCGUGGGGUCCCGGGGGCCACCAGGGGAGGCCGGGAAGCCUGGAGGCCACGGCGUCCCCGGGAAGAGGGGCCCGCCGGGGGCCCAGGGGGGCUGCGACAUGGCCUCCUGCUACCAGGCCUUCAGCCAGCUGCGGCAGGAGCACUACGGCAAGGGGCCGUACCACUAGCGUGGUCCCCCCACCCCCCCCCCCUCAAACAAUUAACAUCUCCGCAAAGCCUUUGCCCUAAGAGGGGGUUACCAGAUCCUUAUGAGACACGCUGCUCAAGUCAAUCAAGUCCCUCUUAAUUGCAUCGCGGCGCUGUGUCAUAAGAUGUGGGGCCCUUUGAAGCCCACCUGGGUGGGCUUCAAAGGGCCCCACGUAUUAUGACAGUGCCCAUCGCUACAACCACCUGCAGGGCAAGGGAGAGCUCCCCAUGACCCCGGGGAAGAACAGAUGAGCUGUGUGUGUGGAGAGAAGCGCACCAGGGCAGGGCUUUAGCAGGUUCAGCAGCAGUCCGUCCUCAAGGUCAGUGGUUCCCAAACCACUCACCCCUGAAAUGAUUUAGGGCCAAAAAAAACCUUGUCUCAACCGACCUACACUCAGGACGUCCACACACACACACACACACACACACACACACACACACACACACACACGCACACAUUAUUGUGUCUCAUUGUGUCUUUUUGGUGGUCCUUGUUUUACCACCGAGCACAAUCCAGCGCUCGGUGUUCUUGACUCUGAUGAUGCAGAGAGAGACGCAAUAGGGAAGGACGGAGAUAUUCCUGUUGGAAGGGCUCAUUUCUUGAACCUUUAAACUCUUUGUGUCGUGCAUGUUGGUGCUAAGAUUCUUGAUACCUCACUGUUUUCUUCUGCUUUUUUGUCCUUUUUUUGGGCAUGAAUCUAUGAUUAGCUUAUAACUGUUAACGAGGUUACAAAUCUGGUGUGUGUGUGCGUGUGCGUGUGUGUGCUUGCGUGUGUGUGUGUGCGUGUGUGUGCAUGCGUGUGCGUGUGUGUGCGUGUGUGUGCGUGUGUGUGUGUGUGUGUGUGUACAUGCAUCAGAGCAGAUCAGAGAAGUGUCCACUCUUCAGCCUCUCCCCAUUAGUGUUGAAUCACCCCCAUGCUCUGCUAUUGCGUAACUCUCCGGGUUGGUCGUCACAAGCCGUGUUCAAGCCAAGGCCACUGCCAUUUAUUAUUGGGACACAAAUGAUGUUUGAAUUCAAAGAUCAAGGGUGCAUGUCCUCUCCUUUUUUAAACCCAAUGUUCAGCUUGUUAGAAUCUCUUUUGUGCUUGCAAAUCCAAUGCUGUGAUUUACCACAUAUCUGUUCAGUCAGAAUCAGAUAUUCCUCUUCCCUGGCAAUACCCCGUGAUCACGCAGAGGGCAACAUGCCCAAUCCAGGGCACCGUUUACCUCAGCCACCCCCAAGACAUCAGCAACCUGCAUGUUUGAAUUCAUCCAGCCGGCCCCCUCUACCUGCAGAUCCCCACUCCAUCCCAUCAUUUCCAGGGUAAAGGAACCCUAAGAUGCACUCAUUUCCCGUACCGAUGUGUCAUUAUUACCAACAUUGCUCUUUCAUCACGUGUGACGAAGAUAACAUCCUCUGGAACUCUUACACUGGAGAAGAGCGACCCAACUCAAGGGUGAACCUGGUAAAGACAGACACCUGUCUGUGUGUGACAUCCAACAUUACUUUAAUCCUUUACCCGUUCCACAGGUGUCACGGUGUGGACAUCCCCUCUCCAUGAGAUUGAAGGCAUUAUAUUAUCAUGAAUCGUCUGGAGCUGCUUUUGUUUUUAGUUUUUGGCUUUGCUUACAGUUGGUUUAACAACUGAUUGUUCCUCUGUUGGCUGUUUUACCCAUGAAGAAAUGUUUUAGGAAAUUUCAUAAACUUUAUUUAACGUAAUGAACGUAAUUAAAUCGUUUUGGGGAUUGAGUGAUAUAAUGUACCUCCAAGAUAUCAUUUGGCUUUUUCUUUUAAGUAUUAUACUUAUUUAUUUACAUUUCCAUCCCAUGUUUAGAUUUUGAAUCUUUUAAUGUACACUAAUGUAGAUUGAAUCUGGUAAUGUACACUUGAAGUAUUUGUGUACAUGUUUUGGUCAAUUUGUUAUAUUUUUUAUACUCUUUUCCCAUGAACAGUGAAGUAUUGCAGUUUGGCUGAACAAAGUACCACUGAUGCAUGAUCAAUGUGUCUUCUUCAAACAAUAAAAAUCUGUUCAUAUUC